AUGCAACAUACGACAUGGCCAUUACGCACGGCAGGUUGGAGAAAGAGCGGCGCCCUAAUCAUCGCCUCAUCCCUUCGCGCGGUGGUGGGCGGCCGGGCGGCUCCGGUGGCUCGCCAGAAUAGAAAGUGGAACGCAAUAAUUGCGGGCGGUGGGGCCGCGGGGUGGUCGCUGGUCACCGGUCGCACUUCCCGCGCUCGGCCCGACAACAAACCGUUGCCUGGCAACCGCUCA